GCUCGAGCGGAAGCUACGUCACAGGGAACUUACGAACGCCGCGCGUAGAGCGACGCCACUUCUAAACCGCGCUUAGAAAACCCCCGAGGGCCGUCGUCGCCAUGGAUUACGGGGAAGAAAUGGACCGUGAUUAUGGACAUGGUGCCUAUAGUGCCCCAAGAGCUAUGGACUCUUAUAUGAAUCAGUCAUAUGGAAUGGAAAGCCAUGGAGGCAGCGGUGGAGGAGGAGGUGGCGCUGCCAGGUUUGGACCUUAUGAGUCUUAUGACUCCGGGUCUUCUCUGGGUGGGCGAGAUCUGUACAGAUCUGGCUAUGGUUAUAAUGAACCCGAACAAAGCCGCUUCGGAGGUAGUUAUGGUGGUCGAUUUGACAGCAACUACCGGAAUAGCCUUGACUCUUUCGGAGGUAGAAGCCAGGGCGGGUCUAGCUGGGAAGCACCUUACUCACGCUCAAAAUUGAGGCCUGGGUUUAUGGAGGACAGAGGAAGAGAGACUUACUCUUCCUACAGCAGUUUUUCUUCACCCCAUAUGAAGCCUGCACCUGUAGGCUCUCGGGGGAGAGGAACGCCUGCUUAUCCUGACAGUGGAUUUGGAAGCAGAAACUAUGAUGCUUUUGGAGGACCAUCAACAGGCAGAGGCCGUGGCCGAGGAUAUAUGGGAGACUUUGGAGGCAUGCAUAGACCUGGAAUUGUGGUAGACUAUCAUAACAAACCCAGUAAUGCAGCAGUAGCUGCACGAGGAAUAAAGAGAAAAAUGAUACAGCAGCCGUAUAAUAAACCAGGUGGGACAUUUAUCAAGAAACCCAAACUGACAAAACCUAAUGUGAAGAUGAACCAAAACAAACCUAAAGAGAUUCUAAUACAGGAAGAAGCAGCUUCCUCUGAACAGUGGACAAAUGAAAACAAGAAGAGACCCCGGAGGCAAAGAAAGGGUGGAGCGGGAAUUUUAGGCGUCAAGCCAGAAGUAAAAAAUGAAGAGGAAGAAAAACGUCGAAUUGAGGCAAGAAGAGAGAAGCAAAGGCGUAGGAGGGAGAAAAAUAGUGAAAAGUAUGGUGAUGGUUACAGAAUGGCAUUCACCUGCUCAUUCUGUAAAUUUCGAACCUUUGAAGAGAAAGACAUUGAAGCUCAUCUUGAAAGUGUUGUACACCAGGAGACUUUAGAGCACAUUCGGAAACAGACCAAAUUUGACAAAGUUGUGAUGGAGUUUCUACAUGAGUGCAUGGUGAAUAAAUUUAAGAAGACGGCUAUGCGUAAACAGCAGACUACAAGCCAAAUGGAAGCUGCUCAGAUAACUGAAAAAGAUGUGAUGGAAGGUGUUACGGCUGAUGAUCAUAUGAUGAAAGUUGAGACUGUCCUUUGCUCUGCAUGCAGCGUCUAUGUUCCUGCACUACACAGUUCUGUUCAGCAGCAUCUAAAGUCUCCAGAACAUGCAAAAGGAAAACAGACUUACAAAGAACAAAUUAAAAGAGAAAGCGUUCUAACUGCUACCAGUAUUUUGAAUAACCCCAUAGUGAAGGCACGGUAUGAACGUUAUGUCAAGGGUGAAAAUCCAUUUGAAGUCACUGAUCAAAGUGCAGAACAGCAGGCAGAAGAAGAAGAAGAAGACAAGGCAAACGAACCUGCAGAAGAGGAGGAGGAAGAAGAGGCAGAAGGGGAAGAAGAGGCAGAAGGGGACGAAGAGGAAGAAGAGGCCGAAGCCGAAGCCGAAGCUGAAGCUGAAGCUGAAGCCGAAGAAGAGGAAGAAGAAGAAGAGGAGGAGGAGGAAGAAGAAGAAGCAGAAGAACAGACUGACUUCACCCUGGACCAAACGGAAGAUAAUUAAAUAGGAAACAUUUUGCACAAGCAGAGGGAAGUCCUACUUUUAUUUUUCGGGUUCAUAUGGCUAACUGUAAAAUUUAUUAGCAAUUACAACAAGAUUAUUGUUAUUGUCAACCCCCUCUGCAUGUACUUCAUUUGAAGAAUUUGUUUUCACUUUUGCUUAAAAUUUUUUAAUAGAACCUUUCUAGUGAUCUCGCUUACUAUAUUGUGUAUCUUGUGAACAUUGAUUUUUUUUGUUUUGUUUCUUGAUGUUAAGAUUUGGAUAUAAAUAAAGUAGUAAGUUUAAAUCAUUUCACCACAAAGCGUUUUAACUAAAUGCAGGGUAAAUAGUUCUAGAAGCCUAUUAAAUAUAGAAUUAUGUUGUGAGUGUGCCUGUCUCCUGGACUGUAUCACUCAUUGUAAAGUACAUGUUAUGACUUGUAUUUUUGUGUGUAUGUGUGAUUCAAUCUACUUGUUUGUAACAAUAAAACAUUUUAGAGAA